AUGUGGAUAAGCUUUGGAAAUGCUUUCAUUCUUUCUAUUUCCAUCACGUUUGUAUUUUGUGCUUACUCGACAAACGAUGCCUUAUCCGAGCGUCAGAAAUUAGUUCAAAGACACUUGAAACGAGCUAAGAAAGAUGAAGGUGCCAUCAGACUUGUCGGUGGAAAAGAAGCACACGAGGGAAAUGUAGAAAUUUUUCACAAAGGGAAAUGGGGUAACAUUUGUGAUGAUGAGUGGGACAAAUAUGAAGCUGAAGUUGUGUGCAAACAGUUGAAUUAUCAUCUUGGUGGUAAAGCAACACAUAGUGGUUUGUUUGGCAAAGCCCGUCGAAAGUUUUGGAUGGACAAUUUGUAUUGCACUGGACAAGAAAAGCAAUUGUCACAAUGUCGCUUUGACGGUUGGGGUCAAAGUGAUUGCGAACAAUCUGAAGCUGCUGGUGUCGUCUGUAAUGUAGAAAAAGAAAAACCAGCAGUAAAAAAAGAUGUGAAAGUUCAUUCAAUGUCACCAAAGUUCAAAUACAAUUCGAAAGAGAAUAUGAAAGUUAGAUUAGUUGGUGGUAGAGUUGCGGAAGAAGGACGUGUUGAAGUGAAAUUCGGCAAUGGACCAUAUGGUGACAUUUGUGGUGACGGUUGGUCGUUGAUAGAAGCAAAUGUCAUUUGUAAAGAACUCAACCUCGGCUACGCUAACGAAGCUUUUCAAACUAAUUUCUUCGGUGGCUCAAAUGGCUCACACAUUUUGCUUACCGGAACUGAAUGCAUUGGAAAUGAAACAAAGCUGUCGGAUUGCAAAUUUGAAGGAUUUGGAAAGCACGGAAAAUGUCAUGGCAAUAAACACCAUGUUGCUGGUGUUUCAUGUGUCAAAAGGAUGCCUGACUUAGUAAUUGAUGAGACAGAAUUGGAAACAACAGCACAUUUGGAAGAUCGACCGCUUUAUUUUCUCACCUGCGCUAUGGAAGAGAAUUGUGUUGCAUCGCAAGCUUAUGAAAUACAGAAAGAGAAUACAAAUUGGCAUCUGGAGACACGUCGCUUGUUAAAAUUUACCGCAAAAGUUUUAAAUAAUGGAACCGACGACUUUCGACCGCACAUUCCGAAAAACUUGUGGGAAUUUCAUUUAUGUCACAUGCACUACCACUCCAUGGAGGUGUUUGCAACGUUCGACAUCAUAAACGAUAAAGGAGAAAAGGUCGCAGAGGGUCACAAGGCGUCGUUUUGUUUGGAGGAUAACUUAUGUCUUGAAGGUGUAGAAGCACGAUAUGCAUGCGCCAAUUAUGGAGAUCAAGGUAUAUCCGUUGGCUGUUAUGAUAUUUACAAAUACAACAUCGACUGUCAAUGGAUCGAUAUAACAGAAAUUGAUUUUGGACAAUACAUUUUCAAAGUUUCCAUUAAUCCUGAGCAUAAAGUUCCGGAGAUGACUUUUGAGAACAACGCCGCAACAUGUACUCUGCUUUAUACUCAACAAUUUGCCAGAGUUUAUGAUUGCAAGGUUGGAAGACCUUAGAUUGCUUCUUGAAACUGUUACUGUAGUUCGAGUGUCAAAGCAAAGCUAGAGGAAAAUGCUGCUUGAGCUCUUGAAGUUGAGUUUUGUUUGUAUGUUCGUUAGUUGUUGAAAAACUCUGC